AUGAGUCUCGCUGCAUCGUAUUACAUAAAGCAAGUAUUCAGAUUCACCGGAGACUUCCUCCAUAUUGCAUCAAAGGUCGUAUUGAUAAGAAAGAUCUCAAGGACAAAAUCAUGCAGCGGAUUGUCUCUCAAAACCCAAUUUCUCUAUGGAAUGGUCUUUGUUCUAAGAUAUAUAGAUUUGUUCAGGUUCUACCCCAAUAGUCUUCUUUCUGUAUAUAACAGUCUAAUGAAGAUUCUUUUCAUAGGGUUCCAGGCGCUUAUUCUUUUCACAAUGAGAUUUAAAUAUUUCGGCACAUAUGACAGGAAGUGGGAUAAGUUCAAUAUCCUUAUGCUUAUAAUUCCAUGCUUCUUAAUCUCAAUGAUCUUCACAAAGUCAUCUUCAGGUGCCGAAGAAUUUAGUUUUGUGGGUUAUGCAUAUGGAGUUACGUAUACCAUGUCGUUGCUGCUAGAGAGUGUGGCAAUUCUUCCUCAGCUUGUUCAGCUCCAGGAGGCAGGCGAAUCUGAAACAAUGACAUCAAGAUAUAUUUUAUUACUUGGACUAUACAGAGCAGCUUAUACAGUUUAUUUUGCAAUUAGGAAAAUAUUCGAAGAGAAAGACAAGGUACCAACAAGUCUUCCACUCGCAUGCGGGAUCAUCCAAACGCUCUUAUACGUCGAUUUCUUUGCAAUAUACUACAGAUACGUCUUUAGAAGAUCUGGCAUUUCUGACGAUUUGGGAAAGAAAAGCGAACUAUAA